UGCUUGAAGAAAUGUUCAUACUUGGUUGACCGUUCACCUUCUCUACGCCCUCCUCAACCUAGCCCUAUUCCCAGUCCGUCUUCCAAACCCUUACACGGUUUGCACAACUUCGACACAUUAGCCGUGGCUCUGUCAUCAGGUCCGAUCCACCUGUACGAUAUCACUCAUCGUCAGUUGAUACGUCGUUUCCGGAACCCGGAUACGCAACCAUGUGUUGAUAUGGCCUUGUCCUCAGACGGAUGUUGGCUAGUUUCCGCUCAUCGCGGUGAACCACUUAUCAAAACUUGGGAUAUUAUCCAAGGCAGAUUAGUCGAUUGUUUCCGGGUCAGUACGCCAAUCACAUCAUUGGCUAUUUCACCUGCUGGCGAGUUUCUGGCCACAACUCACGCAAACUGUCUUGGAGUUUAUCUGUGGGAUAACUGUGGUACCUAUAAGCGAUUACACUUACAACUACUUCCGGACGAUUACGUGCCUCCUGUGGACAAGAAACCGGUUGCAAUGCCGACCAGGUAUGAUGAUGAGGCGUACUGCGCACUCACUGAUCGAUUGAUCUGGUACUACAAGCACUAUCACCACUCGUUGCUGCCGUUGUUUUGCCCUACCGCACGGUUUUAG